AUUCCUCUACGUUUUUUACCACUGAACCGAACGGAUCACCGAGCCGAGCAAAGCUUCAACUUCGCAACGGUGGCGCAGCUGGUAGGAUGGUGGACUGCUGUUGUGCGCGACCUCGACCGUAAAGAUUUUCACGUCUGUCCAGACGGUGUUCGAGAGCCGGCCCGCACGAACUGCUGCCGGAAGCUUCUGGCUUUUUUCCAGUCUGUUCUUCUUUGCUGCUUCGCUGAGCAUUUGGCCUCGGAAGGAGCGGUGACUGUGUAA